AUCUAUCGUAUCGAUCAGUGCAAGAGACGUAUGCGCGUGCGCCGGUCGCCUCGCGUUCUGCAGUUGACGUGAAAUUUGUGCGCUUGCGACGCGACACUAUACAGUGACUAGGUGGAUAGGUGUUGUGCUGUGAAUUAUUAAUUUAUGUGUUCGAUUUUCAAACAGUUAUUUUGAGAUGGGGUGUGCACGCAUAUUCGCGGCGCUUCGCCGUUGCAAACGAUUAGAAGAGGACGACAAUAAAUCGCAGCUGGCCAGAUGUCUGGGCCUACUGGACCUGACUGCUCUGGGUGUCGGCAGUACCCUCGGACUGGGGGUGUAUGUGUUGGCAGGCGCGGUCGCUAAGACAGUCGCUGGACCGGCCGUGACCUUGAGUUUCCUGGUGGCGGCUAUUGCCUCGGCUUUUGCUGGUUUAUGCUAUGCAGAAUUCGCCGCAAGAGUACCAAAAGCUGGCUCGGCCUACGUCUACAGUUAUGUAAGUGUAGGCGAGUUCAUCGCCUUCACAAUUGGCUGGAACCUGAUCCUGGAGUACGUGAUCGGAACAGCCAGCGUGGCCAAGGGGAUGGCCAAUUACAUUGACAGCUUAUGCAAUAACACCAUGGCGAAAACCAUGACCGAAGUUGCGCCGAUCAACAUCAGCUUCUUAGCUGACUAUCCGGACUUCUUCGCGUUUGCAUUGGUGUUGCUUAUUACGAUUCUCCUGGCCAUCGGCGUGAAGGAGUCUACAAAACUGAACAAUGUGUUCACAGCGCUGAACAUGAUCACUGUCAUCGUCGUGGUCAUCGCCGGCGCUGUCAAAAGUAAUCCAGACAACUGGAGGAUUAAGUUAGAGGACAUACCAGCGGAACACAGAAGCGAAGCGGGCGAAGGAGGCUUCAUGCCGUGGGGAGUAGCUGGCGUGAUGGCCGGCGCUGCGAAAUGCUUCUUCGGUUUCGUUGGCUUCGACUGUGUUGCCACCACGGGGGAGGAAGCUAAAAAUCCCAAGAGAGAUAUCCCCCUGUCCAUUGUGAUGUCUCUGGUUAUCAUUUUCGUGUCGUACUUCAGCAUAGCUACAGUGCUGACCAUGAUGUGGCCGUAUUAUCUACAGGACGCAGAUGCCCCUUUCCCCCACGUGUUCACGGAAACAGGCCUGCCGGUCAUCAAAUGGAUUGUCACUAUUGGGGCCAUCUUCGCACUUUGCACCAGCCUGCUGGGCGCCAUGUUCCCAUUGCCCCGCGUGCUGUAUGCGAUGGGCAGUGAUGGCGUAUUGUUCAGACCAUUAUCUGCCAUCAACGGCUGGACUAAGACUCCUGUGCUUGCGACUAUUCUAAGUGGAUUGUUAUCAGCAUUAAUGGCGGCGAUCUUCAACCUGAACCAGUUAAUAGACAUGAUGUCAAUUGGCACUCUCCUGGCGUACACCAUCGUCGCUACCAGCGUGCUUAUACUGAGGUAUGAGGACACCGAUGACGUGGCAAGCCACCUGCAGCGGUCCAGCAAACCUCUGCCCGAGACUCCGUACACGGUCGCGCGGCAAACAUUCAAUCUGCUAGGUCUGAAGACACCCACCAGUCUCUCGGCCAAUAUUGCCAAAACUACUAUAUUUAUAUUCUUCGUGCUGUCGCUGGUGACGUGCGUGGUGGGCGGGUGGGGCGGCGGCGCGGCGGCGCUGGGCGCGCUGGGCGGCGCGCUGCUCGUGCUGCUCGCUGUGCUGUACCGGCAGCCGCGCCACCACCUCCAACAUCUCAGCUUCGCGGUACCCCUAGUGCCUCUAAUACCGUACCUGAGUGUUUGCAUGAACGUGUACCUUAUGGUCCAACUGGACUACCAGACUUGGGUGCGAUUCGUCAUAUGGCUGGCUAUAGGUUACCUCAUAUACUUCGUAUACGGCAUCAGGAACAGUUCGUUGAACGAGAAGGAAAUACCGAUGGCGAACGGCAACGGUAAAACGGAGGACAAGCAUGACAUGACUACCAAGUUUUGAAUAACCACUCGAAAUGUACUAACAACAAGGAAUUACAUAGAAGGAGUGAUAAAAUUGUCAAUUCACAGCAGGCUAGUGUAUAGAAAAUGUUAUACGGCCGUAUAACCCUACCAAAUUCAGAUGCAACUUGCUUGCAUACUUUCUACAUAAACUGUGUCGUAUAUAUAACCUAGUAAUGUAAAAUUUGUCAUUGACAAAUAAAUGACAUAUCAAACAUUUUCUAUACACUAGCCUGCUAUGAAUUGAGAAAAAUAGCAACUGACGGUGUAUCUUUCGUCCUCUUUUUACUAAUUAUAUUUGCAUAAGAAAAAAGGAGGCAGCCAUAUGAUUUACAGUUUUUAUUUUAUCAUUCCUUCUAUGUAAUUCCUUGUUUUUAGGAAAUGUAUACAGUAAUAUGACUAUGGUUACAAGUAAUGCAGGGAUAGUCCUAAAAUGUGCGGGUCACCUGUUUUUUAUGUACGUGGCAUAUUUAGUAAAUAAUAUUUAUAUAUCUUUUUUUGUAAGUAGUUAUUUAAAAAUAGGACAAACAAACAAAUAUCAUCGUCAUCUUCACCAUUUCGGCCGUUAUCCAUCCACUGCUGGGCAUAGGCCUGCCCUAUAGACUGCCAUAAGGAACGGUCUUAAGCCACCUACAUAUAUUCGCUGACUCCCUGAAAUGCAUUUGAGAAAAAAAUGCUAAAUCAUAAAUAAGUACAUACCUAAUUAAUAAAAAAACUUUUUUUUAAUAAUUAGGUAAUUAAUAAAAACUAUUUUUUUUUUAUAUAAAAUUAAUAUAUGUUAAAUAAGUAAUUAAUUGUAAAUUGUGUUGUAAAAUCUUUAUUGUAAAUAAAUUAUAUUGGACAUAUUAAAAGAUCUAAUAUACAAUGGCGGACUUAUCCCAUAGAGGGAUCUCUUACAGUACUUGAAUGACAUUGCACUUAUUAAUAAUAAAAUAUAAAACCAUAAAUAAAUUAAAAUUAUAAUUAAAUAAUUAUAAAUAGUUUAUUUUUUAUAUAACAAAAUUUACUAAAUAUGCCAAAUAUAAAAAAGAAAUUAGAUAUAAGUACUUUUGUGGUUUCAAAAUUAUUAUAGUUUUUUUUAUUAAGGCCUCAACAACUUAGCCUUUGUACUAAUUUCCGACAGUGACGAAUAGGGUUACCGACUGUGCCUAUAGUUAAAUUAGGUUUAAAAUGGGUGAAAACCAUUUUACAGGGUUUUAAAAUAGUAUAUUUAAUCAGAGUGAAAUCUUUUAAUCGUUAAUAUUCAAUUUAGAGAGUAUUUUACCAGUUAAAAUAGUAAUUUUGAUUUUCACCACCGUACUACAACCCGCCACAAACUAAAGUUUCAUCCCAAUCAUCUGGACGAGUGGCGGUCUUCCACCGUGCGUUUUUCAAGGCACUUUCUUCCACGCACAACCAUUCAGUGGAAUCAACUUCCAGUAGCAGUAUUUCCUGUGUUGUAAAAAAAAUUCUAAAGAAACGUAUAUUUUCGUAAAAAAAACGAUAAAACAUUUUAAGCCUCUCUUAACACGACACGACCGGCUGUCAAAUUAAUAUGAGAUUAUUUUUCAACCCAUAUUUCUUCAGGGGGAGCGUUCCGUUUCACUAGCAAAAUACUUUCUUAAAAGGGUGCUAAUGUUUUAAAUUUUACCAUGUAUAGUAGAAAUAGAGAAAACAAUACACACAACAAUUUUAAAGACAUAACAUUUGUUUGAGACAAAUUUUAGAAGCGCGUGAGUACCGUACCUUAAGUGUUGCCAUUUCUAAAUUUACUUUCUUCUAUUUUUUUUUUUUUAUAUAUAUCUUAAUUUUUUAUUUCUGUAUUUAAAUAUUCGUGUAUGAAUUUGACGGCGAAUUAACGUACUUAUUAAUUGUAUUUUUUUAUCCAUUAAUUGUUUAUAAUCAGUUCAAGUGUUCGUAAUACAUUUUGUUUUUCUUGUAAACAACAUGUGUACUCGUUUAGACUACUGACUUUAUUAAAGUGACAUAGAGUAAUACGUAUAUUAGAAACUUAUGCAUUGCAAAGUAAUCUUCAAGCAAUUUUGAAUUAAAACUAUAACGAUUAAUUGUAAUUAUCACCUAAUUAACCUAAACAAAAUUUUACAAGGAACUCAGAAAACAUAAUGAAAUCAAAUAGUAAAAGACUUGGUUUUGGUUUUAAUAUCAAUUCUCAGAAUAUUGGUGUAGUAUAUAUUUACACUUUAUAACUUAGAAAAAGGAAUGAGUAAGUUGGAAAUUUACUUACUAAUGAAUGCUAAUGUUUGUGUUAGGUGGGGAUUACACCUUAUCCCCUUUACUCAUAAACACUAGAAAUCUUCUACAAACGUUUUUUUAGUUACUAAAGUGUUUUAUUACUUUCUUUCUAAUUAAAAAUGUAUUGCAAGUGAAAAAAACAAAACAGUAGCUAAAAUAGCUUUAUGAGAGGUUUGUUUUUUUUUUUUUUUUAAAUAAUGUUUAAUUUUUUUUAUAAAAUAAUAUUACAACUAAGUAAAUACCAUGACCAUUAAAGAAAGGUUAAUUAAAUUAAUAAAUAAUUUAGAGUGUAAUCGUGACGAAGCGUCUGUCUUAUCGAAAUUUCUAUACAAUAGUACAAAUUGGAAUUAAGAAAACUUGAUAUAGUCCAUUUGACUGGGAAGCAACAAAAUCUAUGUAGAACAAGCUGUUUCCCGUGACUUCGCUCGCGAUUACCAAUAGCUCUUAUUUAAUAAAUACUGCAUUAUCAUGGUAUAUUUAUUGUACUUAAAUUUAUAAUGGAAAUAUUUUUUCUUUAGAAAACUACAUUAUAUUUUCUUAAAAUAUAUUUUUUUCUUUAGGCUUUAGACUUUUUCUUUAAACAUAUUUUGUUUAGUCUUCGAAGACUCUAAAUGAAUUUGUUUAUUUAAAAAAGUUUAUUUUUUUUUUUAAUUUGGAAAUAUAUAAGUUUUAAGAAAUUAUACAGGGAAUAAACUUUUAUCUAGUAGAAUAUAUUAAAUUUACAUUUAUUUUAGAAAGGUAGGUAUGAUAUUAAUUUUGUCUAAGGAUAAACUUAUAUAAGUGAAUUAUGUACCUAUUUUAUUUUAUUACUUAUAAUGAUCUUUAAAAUAUGUUAAAAUUGUAUAAAUUACUUCCAUUCCUAUAACUCCUGUGAAAAAAUGUAAAGCACAGUUUAUAUUAUUUUCAUAUUUUAAACUAGAUCAUAUAUAUGUAGAUAGAGCUUAGAGUGUCAAAAAUACCCUAAAAAAACGAUUAAUCAUAUAAAGCAUCUGUAUGGUGACACUCUUGUCUAUGUAAUUCAAAAUUUUAGUACAUUCAACUUGUACAAUUCCAGUGAUAACUAUGUAACGACAAAUUUAUACACACUAGUUUAAUGUGAUAUACACAAAUAGAUGAUGUAAGUUGUAUUGUUAAAUUAGAAGAGACGCCUAUUUGUUCUAAACGGGUUAAACCCAACGUAGAUAAAAUAGUGUUUACGAGCCAUUUCUACGCAUUGUAUUAUGUUGUUAAUUUAUAUAGAAAUGUAGCUAUCAUGAAUAUUGAAACUUGAACCGAAUGAAUCAAGAAAUUAACUGUAAAAUAAAAAAAUUAAAAGUUAUAAAAAAGACAUGAAAAAAAAGUUAGAAAUUUUUCAAAUUUGUAUAGUUUCGAUCAUUUUAACACUAUGAUUGAUUAGGUUUAUGACGUAUAAAACAUCACUCUUCAUCUAUGGGUCCGAUUUCUAUAUGAACGAAUAUCAUGGUAUGCAGAAAAUUCGGCUUAGGAUCUUCGGAUUCAAGCUUCAUGAUAGAGCUACAAAUAAGGGCUCUUUCUCAUACUUACUGCACUGUUUAUAAGAGUGUUUACGCAGAGGGCUCUUUUCAUGUAAACUCUGAACAUAGCCCGCUAUUGUUGCUUUAUGAAGUGGCCCUAACAAACAGUUUUUUUUUUUUUAUUUUGCUUUACUUUUGCUUGAAUAUUAAUGUGACAUCUACAUGAGAGCGAACUUACCAGAAACUGUUAUGUGUCAUAGACAAUUGUUUAUUAAUUUACAAUGAAACUACUCUAUGGUCGUUUCAAUUGUAAGAAACAUGCCUAAUAGUUUGUAUGUAGAUAAAGGCUUAUAUUUUUUUUACUAUUUUGUACACAUUUAGUUUUAUGAAAAGUCUACGCAAUUAGUACUGUAUAAGGGACUAAAAGCAGUGCGUUCAUGUAUCAUACAUACAAAUAUAGCACAAAGGAUUCCUUAGAGACUCACAUAAUAUGCAUAAUUCAAUGUUAUAGAAACAGAUUUAUCAUUCUUAACAAUUAUAUAUUCCGUUUUGUUUUACAUAAAAUUUAGUAAAAAAUUUCAUAGAAUUACUUAAUAUUAUAAAUAAAUAAUAAUUUACUUAGAUGUUUAACAGAAACAUCGAUAAAAAACACCCGCUAGAGUGGUUUCAUUUAAAAUGCACGUGAUUUGAUUGUGAGACAAUAUUUGUGAUGUAACUUAGUAGACAUAAGUUCUAGUUUUAAUUUUAACUGUGAUUUAACGGAGAUAGAUUGUAACAUUAUGAGAAUAAAUUAUUUUUAAUUGAGAAUAA